GUGACAUUUAAAGUUAGGUUAUAAAAUUUUAAACGAACAAUGGCAGGUGUAAAUAAUAUCCUCGAAUCUGUAAGAGAAGAUGAUUUCGUCGAGUAUUACUUGUUUCCUGUAAUAAAUUCUGAAGAUAUUAAGGAGCAAGAAACAAUAUUAAGCUGUGUAUUGAGUAAGGCAAACAAAAUAAUUGAUAAUUACAGUAAAAACUAUUUGUGGCACAAGGAUGAAUUCAAACUUGUCCCCAGGACAUCAAUUAGUAAUUUGUUGACUCAUAUUGAUGGAAAAAAUGAAAAACUACCCCCACAUCUUUAUGGGGUUUCCCACUUUGGGGAUAACAUUGAAGAUGAAUGGUUUAUGGUUUUUAUACUGCAACAAUUAACAAAAGAAAUCAAUGGACUGGCUGUUAAAGUUUAUGAUAGUGAUGGGGAGUUUAUAUUGAUUGAGGCUGCUGAUUUUUUGCCUGAUUGGGCUGAUCCAGAAACAUGUGAAAAUAGGGUUUACUUAUAUGAAAGCAAUGUCCACAUAAUCCCUAUGGAUUCAGAAGAAGAAAAAGAAUUAACAGUUUCAUCAGCUCUAAGUAAACUCUUCAAAAACCCCACCGAAACCAAAGCCUCUCAAGACAUUCAAAAUACCUUCAACAAUAAACUGAAAGGCUACCCUGAGAAAACAAAAGACAAUAUACACCGGUCCACGAUCUACGUGCCAAUCGGCGUCGCCGCCAUACUAAAACUCAAGCCCACUCUGAUCGCACCUGCCAUACAGGCGUUUUGCAACCGAGAUUCCGUCGAUUUACGGGCAUGCCGCGCCAUGAAGUAUUUCCCUCCAGAAAACCGAGUCAACACAAGCGUAAACUUCACAAAAUGCAUGUACGCCAUGCUGACGCAUAGCAAGUUUGUGCCUGAUCGUAGGACAGGCUGGAACCUGCCUCACUCUUCCAGUCCGCAGUUCAAGGCUCACAACUUGGGUCUGCGGGUGGCGUCGGGAUUUGAAAUAUUAAUUUCUCAAGCAAAACCCAGUGCUGAGAUCGAGAGCGAUAAAGGCUGGGCUAACUACCUUCAAAGCCUCAAAAAUAAAGGCUACUUCCAAGACUUAAUGGAGAAUUCGAGAGACUACAAUAAUUUACUGAACAAAGCCAAAGAGUACUACAUUAAUCACCGCGAUUCCAUGCAAUACAUGCCGGCUGUAGGCCAGCAAAUCCUAGAGCUAACUAAAACAUUAGAUUAUAACGCCGAUGAAUUAAAGAAAGCAGAAAGCGAUUUACCUAAGGAUGACGACGAUUCUUGGUUGGAUAUUUCACCUGAAGAACUCGAUCAAAUGUUGCAAGAAAAAUACGGGCAAAAAAAGUUUAUUAACGUUAACAACAAUACGGAUCCGGGAAUGUUCACCGAUAAAGUUAAAAAUUUUAUUAACCACGUCUCCGAAGUCGAAGGUGCCGAAUUUCCGAAUCACUCCCCCCAAAGACCUCCCCGGGGGGUUAAGUCAAAAAACAAAGUCUCCUUCUCAAAAGAUACUAAAGCAGACGAAAAUAAGUCAAACAAUAAAGUUAACUUUGACCCAAAUUCAUUUUCCUGCGCCGUUCAAAACAUAUUAAAUUUUGUUAUACCGGAGGAUGAUUCAUGGGAUCAAUCCGGUUCUGACAUGAGCGAAUAUGAAGACGACAUAGAAGUUAAUAAUGGAGAAUCGUACGCUGAAGUCAACGCUAAAAUGAAAAAAUACAUGGAUGAAAUGGAUAGGGAACUGGCCAAAACAACAAUCGGUGAAAGUUUUGAAAAGAAAACCAAUGGCGACGGUUUUGACGACAUAGAAAACUUUAGACCAGUGGACAUAGACGUAAACGCUUUAAAAAAUAUUUUGGAAAGUUAUAAAUCUCAAUUGGGAGAAGCAGGCCCAUCAAGUAAUAUGCUGGGUCCAAUGGGUGUACAUUUAGACACCAAUGAAAACGCUAAAGUUGAGUAAACUUUUUUUUUUAUCCCAAGUAUUAUUUCACAUUAUAAAUUCUUGUCAUUUUAAGUGUAGUUUUUUCAAUAUGGUGCCAUGUAUAAUUUUUAUUUUUAUUAUGUAUGCCACUGCCAUAUAGCAGCAUUAGUUAAAUUUGAUAAAUUGACAAAAAAAUAAUAAUUUUAGAGAAUUUAUAUCUUUAGGGCUAUGGUGCAGCUGUAUUGUGGAUUUAAUAGCCAGUUUUUCUCAUUUAAUACAAUAUCAAGUAAAUCAAAAGCUGUGAUUUAUCUGAAACGAUUUAGUCUGAUUUUUUUCCUCAAAAUUAGGUACUUUUUAAAAAGUCUAUAGUUCUCAGGGAUAAAUAAUAGAAGUAAGCUUCACCAUUUGCAAAAAAUAAUAAAUUCACGUUUUGCACUUUGAUAGACAUUGUAAGCCAGCCUAAAAAAAUGUUUUUACUAAUAAAAAUAGUAUUGUUUGAAAUUUAUAUUUCACCUUAAUAAAUUAUAUUUAUAGUAUACUUA